GGUGGGGGAAGACGCCGAGCGUGGAAGCGGGGCCCCGGGCAGAGGGCGCGGUGGGGCUGCGCGCACGCUGGGGCGCGUGGAGGGGCGCGGAGGGCGAAAUGAGUCUGGUGGGGGGCUUUCCCCACCACCCCGUGGUGCAUCAUGAGGGCUAUCCGUUCGCCGCCGCCGCCGCCGCUGCCGCCGCCGCCGCCGCCAGCCGUUGCAGCCACGAGGAGAACCCUUACUUCCACGGUUGGCUCAUCGGCCAUCCCGAGAUGUCGCCCCCCGACUACAGCAUGGCCCUGUCCUACAGCCCCGAGUAUGCCAGCGGCGCCGCCGGCCUGGACCACUCCCAUUACGGGGGAGUGCCGCCCGGCGCCGGGCCCCCUGGCCUGGGGGGGCCGCGCCCGGUGAAGCGCCGAGGCACCGCCAACCGCAAGGAGCGGCGCAGGACUCAGAGCAUCAACAGCGCCUUCGCCGAACUGCGCGAGUGCAUUCCCAACGUGCCCGCCGACACCAAGCUCUCCAAAAUCAAGACGCUGCGCCUGGCCACCAGCUACAUCGCCUACCUCAUGGACCUGCUGGCCAAGGACGACCAGAACGGCGAGGCGGAGGCCUUCAAGGCGGAGAUCAAGAAAACAGACGUGAAAGAGGAGAAACGGAAGAAAGAGCUGAAUGAAAUCUUGAAAAGCACAGUAAGCAGCAAUGACAAGAAAACCAAAGGCCGGACAGGCUGGCCUCAGCACGUCUGGGCCCUGGAGCUCAAGCAGUGAAGAAGAGAAGGAGGAGAAGAGAGCCAGUGAGCUGGGGCCGAGGUGCCAGAUACUGACCCAGGACUCCCGGCAAGCCCUCGGCUCUGCUCUGAGGACUACUUGCAUUUGGAUCAUCCGGUUUAUUUAUGUGCAAUUUCCGUCCCCCUCUCUUUUUGCCCCCCUUUGAGGCAUCCAUUCCCCAUCUCCCCCUCCAAAACAGUGGAUAUUUGAAGAAAAGCAUUCCAUAUUUUAAUAUGAAGAGGACACUCCCACGUGGUAAGGGAUCCCUUCGACUUGUAGAUUCUGUGUGUGUGAAUGUUCCCUGUUGGCUGUGUAGAUACCACCGCUGUCCCUCCUCACCUAACCAGCCCCUCCCAGAUAAAGACAGCAGACACUAGUGCAUAUGUGAAGUGUAUCUUCAGUUCCUGGCCUUUGGAUAUAAAUAUUCCUGGGGAUUAUAAAGUUUUAUUUCAAAGCAGAAAACAGGGCCACUAACAUUUCCGUUGGGGUCGGUAACUAGUGCUGUCUUCAUAUGUGAUCAUUCCCUAUUCAAAGAUAUUUCCAACAGCUACUUGUUUUGUGCACUUCUGUCCUCUAAAACUAAGUGGAAUUUAAUUAAUAUUGAAGGUGUAAACAUUGUAAGUAUUCAAUAAACCACUGUGUGUUUUUUUUUACAAAAAAUCCUAAUCUUUUAAUGGCUGAUACCUCAAAAGAAUUUUGAAAACAAAGCUGUUAUACUUGCUUUCAUAAUAUUUAAACUAUUCAGAAGUAAACUAAAUUAUCAUA